CCGGAGGAACCGCACAAACCGCCUCCCCAUCGGAAAAGCCACGAGAGACGGCGAGAGAGGAGGAGAAAGCUCCAGAGAUGUCGGCGGACGAGCUGCGGCUGGACCUGGAGGAGCUGCGGCGGCUGGAGGGCCUCGCCAAGCGGCCCCGCGUCCUCUCCGUCCUCGCCAACGAGAUCCGCGCCGUCGAUGCCAAGCUGGCGAAGGAGAUCUCGCCGCCGGCCGUCGCGGCGGCAUCGCCCGCCCCUGUGGGGACUGCGGCGGCGGCAUCUGCUGGUGUGAGCUACGUGACGCUGGGGUCGUUCAGCUGGGAUCAGGACGCUGAGAAAGUCAAGAUAUAUGUAUUCCUGGAGGGUGUCGACCAAGAUAAGGUGGAGACUACUUUUAAGCCUAUGUCAGUGGAUAUAAAAUUUCAUGAUGUGAAGGGCAAGAACUACCGAUGUGCCAUACCUAAGCUGAACAAAGAAAUUGUUCCUGAGAAAUGCAAGAUUUUAGUCAAGCCUACAAAGAUUGUUGUAACGCUGUACAAAGCUUCCAAAGGCAACUGGUUGGAUCUGCACUUCAAGGGUGACAAGUUCAAGCCAAGCAUGGAUAAGGAGCAGGAUCCAAUGUCUGGAAUCAUGGAUUUAAUGAAGAACAUGUACGAGGAAGGCGAUGAAGACAUGAAGCGGACAAUUGCCAAGGCCUGGUCCGAUGCCAGAUCUGGGAAGACCGCGGACUCAGUGAGGGGAUUACCUUGAGUAUGAACGAAGUAUUACUCCGCUGAGCCAGUUGGUACAGUUCGUUGUGAUUGAGAGCACUUGGUUAUCUUAUUCUGCAUGUAACCAACUGAAAUUGGCCACGCCGGGCCUGUUCUUUUGUCAAGAAAACCUUGUGUGAUAUGAUCGCUUCUGCGUAUGCUGCCUUUCUUAAUAGAAUGAACUGAAAACUGGUCACAGCGGGCCUUUUCAUUUGCCAAGAGAAUGUCUCCUUUUAUGUGA